CCGCCUGCGCUAAGUCCUCCUCAACAGCUCCGCCAACUCCUUCGCCAGCUUCCAUCAGCUCGGAACCAUCAACAACUGUCAGAGGACCGAUUCAAUUCGUAAAUGUAAGCCUCAUGCCGAUUUUCUGGAGCCAUUGGGAAGCUUGCAGCUGCUCGCAAUUGCAUCCUGCAUCCUCUCCAGGAUUGCGACAAAGCUUGGCCGCGGAACUGGAUCCCUCUCAACAAACCUCGCUUGCGAAAUGGGCCUCAUCGGACGACGUUUUGCCUUGCGCCUCAGCUCUUGAAGGCUCUCACAACUAUCACCAAAGUGACCUGACUAACAUUGCCGACGCAGAACUCCAUAUACACAAUGGCCGCCCUCGACAUGUCCCUCGUUGCCCGCAGCGAGUACGCUCUCCACCAGUUGGUCAAGCGCAAGAAGAACUGGGCUCAGCGUGAGCCCGGUGUCAUUGUCGUUUUCGUCAUUGUCUUCCUUGUUGCGAUCCUUGUCAUUGCCAUGUUCAUCAACAAGAAGAGGCAAGCCGCCAAGGGCGCCGUUGUCGUCACCAAAUAAGAUACCCCCGAAUCGAGUCGGAGCGAAGCAAAGUACAGAUGAGGUGGAUUGGAGGUGGGAUGGCAUCGGCGAGGUGCAAUGUGACAACGAUAAGAGGCUGUAAGGUUGACUUUGGGUGGGAAAGAGCUUGUGUAUAAUGUGUUUGAACAAUCACGUAUGGGUUUAUGGCUUCCCUUCGGAAUCGCACUGUGGAACGGACGCUGAACGAAGGGUUCGUGGUAAUAAUGAACAGUCAAGAUACCUCAAUGAGCAAUUAUUAAUCAUCUUG